AUGAGAGCGAGCCUGAACAAUAUCCAGCAGACGCUGACGCCGGAGGCGGCCGCCGUUCUCAACCAGUCCAUAGCGGAGGCGAGCCGCCGCAACCACGGUCAGACAACGCCGCUCCACGUGGCGGCGAUGCUGCUGGCGUCGCCUUCGGGGUACCUGAGGCAGGCCUGCAUCCGGUCCCACCCCAACUCGAGCCACCCGCUCCAGUGCCGCGCGCUGGAGCUGUGCUUCAGCGUGGCCCUCGAACGGCUGCCGACGGCACAGAGCGCGGGGGACGCGGAGCCGCCGAUCUCCAACGCGCUCAUGGCGGCCCUGAAGAGGGCGCAGGCGCACCAGAGGCGGGGGUGCCCGGAGCAGCAGCAGCAGCCGCUCCUCGCCGUGAAGGUCGAGCUUGAGCAGCUGGUAAUUUCGAUACUCGACGAUCCCGGCGUGAGCCGCGUGAUGAGGGAGGCUAGCUUCUCCAGCUCGGCCGUGAAGGCCAAAAUCGAGCAAUCCCUAAAUAGCUCCAGCCCUCGCGCAAGUCAACGUCAGCACCACGGCGCCGGCGGGAGCGCGAAUUUCGUGGUGGGUUUCGGUGGAAUUGCUUCUAGAAUGCUUCCAAAUCCUGGUCAACCGCCAACUCCGGUGGCUCGACCGAUGUCUCCGGCGGUCCCAUCGCUGGCCAAUCGGAGCUUGUUCCUGAAUCCGCAUAUGCAGCAGCAGCAGCAAACACGCACCGCCCAGAUUGAGAACCCUAGAGGCGAGGAAGUCAAAAAGGUGUUCGAUAUAAUGUCUAGUAGCAAAAAGAGAAACCCAGUUAUUGUGGGGGAUUCAGAGCCUGAGGCCGUGGUAAAGGAAUUGUUCAGAAAAAUUGAAAAUAAUGAAUUCGGAAAUGAUCUGAACAUGAAGAAUCUUCAGAUAAUAUCAGUAGAUAAAAGUCUUCUUUUGUCCGACAAGAAUCAAAUAGCUGCCAAGAUCGAUGAAUUUGAAAGGGCGAUUGAGAGUAAGAUUGGGAACGGAGGGGUGAUUCUUGAUCUCGGAGAUUUAAGGUGGCUGGUGGAGCAGCCAGCAGAUGCGGGUUUCAGUGGGGCCCAGCAGCAGCAGAAGGCACCGGUUGUGUCCGAGUUGGGCCGGGCUCUGGUGGUGGAGAUGUCGAAGCUACUGGCCAGAUUUAAUGGAGCUGAUGGUCUGAAUGAGGGUAAGAACAAGCUCUGGUUGAUUGGGACUGCAACUUGCGAUACAUAUUUGAGAUGCCAGGUUUAUCAUCCCACCAUGGAGAGUGACUGGGAUUUGCAGGCUGUGCCUAUUACAUCCAGAUCUCCUAUUCCGGGAAUGUUUCCGAGGGUUGGACCGGAGAGAACCAUGAGCAACCCCUUGGAAUCCCUGAAUCCGGCGAACCCUAUCCGAAGUCCGUCACCUACUUUAGCAACGUGUUUAACUGAAAUAUCAGAUCCUGCUACCAAACAACCUGUUCCAAAUCCCUUACCUGCUUUGUCUGGGCGCAUAUCAACGUUGGAUCCUUCUCAAAUACAUCCUAAACCAAGUCCCUUGCCUGGUUUGUCAAGGCUUAUACCUGAAAAUUUGGAUCAUGCUCAAAGGCAAACUGUUCCGAGUCCAUUACCUGGUUUAGCAAGGCUUAUUCCUGAAAAGUUUGAUCCUGCUCAAAGGCAACCUUCUCCGAGUCCGUUACCUGGUUUAGCGGCUCAAAGAGGACCUAUGUCGAAUUCGUUACCUGGUUUGUCGACACUUAAACCUGAAAAUUCAAAUCCUGCUAAAAAACAACCUAUGACAAGUCCAUUACCUGGUUUGUCGAGGCUUAUACCUGAAAAUUCAGUUCCUGCUCAAAUACAACCUAUGCCCAGUCCAUUACCUGGUUUGUCAAGGCUUAUACCUGAAAAUUCAAAUCCUGCUCAAAGACAUCCUAUUCCGAGUCCCUUACCUGGUUGGGCGAGGCUUAUACCUGAAAAUUCAAAUCCUGCUCAAAGACAUCCUAUUCCGAGUCCCUUUCCUGGUUUGGCGAGGCUUAUACUUGAAAAUUCAAAUCCUGCUCAAAGACAUCCUAUUCCGAGUCCCUUACCUGGUUUGGCGAGACUUAUACCUGAAAAUUCGGAUCCUGCGCAAAAACCCACCUUUUGCCCUCAGUGUUCAGGAAAGGACCAAAGUCUGCUUUCCAAGCAGAAAACUCAAGAGCUGCAGAGAAAAUGGAGGGACACUUGCGUACAUAUCCAUCCCAAUUUUCAUCAAACUACCCAUCCUGCAAACCCUGUCCGGCUAGCCAUGCCGCCAUCUCGGGCAAGCAUCUCCAAUCCAAACUCUCUCGCCCGUCCCCCUUUCCAGCCCAUCAAGCCCAACCUGGUCAAAACUCUCGGGUCAGCCCUGCAGCUGAACACUGGCCCAGUCACGACCCAACUCGUCCCUCCUGCAGCGCCCAAAAGCCCGCCCACAAGCCCUGUGCAGACAGACCUCGUCCUGGGCACCAAGGGCCCGAAGAAACCCGCCGAGGAUCAUCAAGCCAAGGACCUGCUCAGCUGCAUCUCGUCCGAGCCCAUGACAAGAAACAAACCGUUCGAGAAAUUUGCCGACGAGCUGGAUGCCGGCACGUACAAGAAUAUCCUCAAGGGCCUGAUGGAGAACGCGUGGUGGCAGGCUGAAGCUGCCUCAGCCGUAGCCUCGGCCAUCACGCGCUGCCGCCUGGGCAACGGCAAGCAGCGGGGAAACGGCAGAGGCGACACAUGGCUGCUGUUCGCGGGCCCCGACCGGGUCGCCAAGCGCAAGAUGGCGUCUGUGCUUGCUGAGCAGAUCUGCGGGUCGGGCUUGGUUAUCAUCGGUCUCGGUCCGCAUCGGGAGGACGAGCCCGAGACGGGCCUCCGAGGUGGCAAUGCCGUCGACCGCAUCGCCGAAGCCGUUCGCCGGAACCCAUUGUCGGUGAUCCUGCUCCGGGAUAUCGACGAGGCGGGCGUGAUCGUGCGUGGGAACAUAAAACGGGCCAUCGAUCGAGGGAGGCUCACCAACUCGUAUGGCCGUGAGAUCGGACUCAAAAAGGCUCUUUUCAUCGUUACAGGCGAUUGGUCGACGGUUAGCGCCGAGGCCUUACGAGACGGGCAGUUUGUGGACGAGCGGAAGCUGAAUUCGACAGCUGGCGGGAGCUGGCAGCUGGGGCUGAUUGUUCGGGAGAAGGCCGCCAAGCGGAGGGCAAAUUGGUCCAACGACGGGGGCCCGAGGACUCGGCCAAGGACUGAAACGGGCUCUGGCGGCGGGCGCUCAUUUGAUUUGAAUCUCUCGGCUGCGGCGUACGAGGAAAAAUCCAUCGAGUCGAGCGAGGUGUCGGCAGUGGACGGAGGGGACGAUGCGGAGCCCACGGACGGGGGGUUCUCGAUUGUGUCGCUGCCACAUGACUUGGCGACCUGUGUGGACGACUCGAUCGUGUUCAGGCCGGUCGAGGCGGCGUUCGUGCGUCGUGAGAUCAAGAAAAUGAUAGCGGUGAAGUUCUCGAUGGACGUGGAUGAAAACCUGGCGAUCGAGAUAGGGGAUGAUGUGCUGGACAAGAUACUUGGAGGAUUGUGGCACGACUCGACGAGCCUGGAGAAGUGGGUGGAGGGAGUGGUGGGCCCGAGUUUCGAAGAGCUCAAGCAGCGUCUGCCGGCAGGGGAUAGGAGCAACUCGGUGGUUCGGUUGGUGGUCGAGUCGGACUCGUGUGAUCAGGGGAAGAGUAAAGGGGAUGUGGUGGACUGGCUGCCGAAUAGCAUCUUGGUGUAG